GCGACCUUGAUCGUCGUAUUCGCAGACGAUCUAGGGGGGCUGAAAGAUACUGCGGCGCUCCUGGCACAAUGGAUUGAGGCUCGAAUACAUGACAGAAGUGUUCGUGUUCUCCGCCUGCUGGUGGUGGCUGGACAAGUGCAAAGUAGUCGCGACUUCUGUCGGAGUAUCAACACAGAACUGGUCGUUCUGCUUCGGAUCACAACCCCGGAGCAACCUUACUCACAUGCUCAGAUUGUGAAAAUGAGGGUGAACUUCUUCGAGAGCAUUGAUGUGAUUACCGUAUUCCAUCUCGAUGAUCGAUUGUCGAAGGAAUUGGAAAUAACGCAUCAUCCCAAUCUUGGUUUGCAAACAUGCUUUGCGCUGCUGAUCCAACGUUUCCUUGGAGACGGCAUGCCCCUGUUCGAUGUACCGGGCGUGGUUGUUCGGGACAAUGGUCUUCCGCUCAAGGCGCGAGCAUACAUCGGACAAUAUGUCAAGUCCGCCCACAAGAUGGGCAUAGACCCUUGCCGGUUGGUGACAUCCUGCUUGAUUCAACACUUUCUAACAGGGAACCUCUGUAGGAUUCCCAGCGAUGAAGCCUUUCAAAAGGUCUUUUUGAGCGUUGUAGAGGAUGUGCAGCAGAAACACCGCUCCCCAGGUCUGGUUAUCAAGGUCAAGGCAGAGUACCGUCGAGCAAAGUCUCCUACAGUCAUGCGCAUUCCUUGCAACGCUUUCAGGAUCACGGCCGCUCCAUACUAUGCGAGACGUGAGGGCUACUUGAGCAAUCGGGGGCUUAUGGCUGGACGGCGCAAUGCCCGCGGUCGCAUCCACUAG